AUGGCUGGUGGUAUCCUGAGUAACUUGGACAACCUUUGCAACGUAGACUGCGCCAACGUGCACCCUUUGGUCUGCCACCUGUGCCACGAGCAGUACCAGUCGCCGUGUCUGCUGGACUGCUACCACAUCUUCUGCGCCCGCUGCUUGCUGGGCCGGACCAACGACAGCCGACUCAGCUGUCCUCUCUGCGGGUACCCGUCCAUCAUAAAGGGGAACAACGGCCUCCCACCAGAGGACCGUCUGCUCAAGUUCCUAGUGGACAACAAUGCAGAUGCUGAGGAGAUUGUACAGUGUGCCAACUGUGAUCAAGAGAGCAAUAAAAAGGACACAGGUGUGAUGUUCUACUGCAACACGUGUAACCAGCCACUUUGUUGCACCUGCAGAGAGCUCACACACAAGGCCCGAAUGUUCGCCAACCAUGAUAUCGUCUCGCUGUCCAAGCGCAGUAAAGCCAAGCAUCGAAAAUGUGUUCUACACGAGGAGCCCUACAUCCUGUUCUCCACCGAGAACAAGUCUAUGCUUUGCGUCAAGUGCUUCCGAGAUAUGCAAGUGGAGAGUCGAACUCACUGCAUCGACAUUGAAACGGCCUACAUGCAAGGAUGUGAGAUGUUGGAUCAGGCCGUGCUGGUGGUGAAGGAGCUGCAGACGUCCACUCGAGAGGCCAUCUUUCUGCUGAGGUCUAUGAUUGGAGAAGUGUGUCUCAAUGUGGAGGAGGAGGAAAGUGCCAUCUGCUCUCUGUUUAACAGUCUGCAGGAAAAACUCGCCGAGAGGAAGAAGAUUCUGCUGAAGACUGCACAGAGCCAGCACGAAGAGAAGGAGAAAGCGCUGAAGGAGCAGCUCUCACACCUCACCUCACUGCUGCCAACACUCCAGGUGCAUCUGGUGACCUGCUCAGCCUUCCUCAGCUCAGCCAACAUGUUCGAGUUUCUGGACAUGGGUUAUCAACUGAUGGAGCGUCUGAAACGAAUCGUGAAGCUCCCUCAUCGGCUGAGACCUGUGCAGAGCAGCAAAAUCAACACCGACUACCGCAGCGAGUUCGCCCGCUGUCUGGAGCCCUUGCUUCUGAUCGGCCAACGCUGCGCCCCGUCCAUCGCCGGCUCAUCCAGCGUCGCCACGAGGCUGCAGUCGCCUCUCUCCAUGUCUUGCCGCUCCCUGUCUCUCAGUGAAAUGCCGCUCGGAUCCGUGUUCGGCAGGAGGCCCACGUCCCACCGCAACAUCUGCACCAAGGUCCUGUUGGCCGAGGGGCGCGAGACGCCCUUCACUAAGCACUGUAACAACUACGAGAACUCUUAUAGGACUCUUCAGACAGAGAUUCAAACUCUGAAGGACCAGGUCCAGGAACUGCACAGAGAUCUGACAAAGCACCACUCCAUUAUCAACACAGAGCAAAUGGGCGAGAUUCUGGACCGCUCACUGCACAUUGAUAGCCGGAUCGCGUCGCAGUACAGCAUGGUGGAGACCAUGCGGGCCAUGUUUGAAGAGAUCUGGGACGAGACUUUUCAGAGGGUCACCAAUGAGCAGGAGAUCUAUGAAGCUCAGCUCCACGAUCUGAUGCAGCUGAAGCAAGAAAACUCCUACCUGACCACCAUCGCCAGGCAAAUAAGUCCCUACAUUCUUUCCAUCGCCAAGGUCAAAGAAAGACUGGAACCCAGACUCCAGGAGCCCAAAGAGUGCCGCGACGAUCGCACAGAAACCAUGUUGAAGAUUUACGACGAUGGCACCGCAACCGCAGCAGAACGUCAAGACGCUGACAAGCAGACGUGCGUCCCGGAACAAGACAAGAACAAGCACCCACUCAUUCUGUAA